CAUAAAUUAAAAUCGUUUUCAUUAUGUGAUCAUGGGCGCAGAUUGUAUAUCAGAACACCACCUUUAUUUCAAAGGUAAAAUCUGCCCGCCAUCAGUAUCGCGAUCAGAUUUUACCAGUUUAUCAAGCAAGGUUUUGACUUCUAGUUCAUCAUGAAUAACCUACGAAUACUACUGUUGCUAUCUCUAGCUGUAUUUGUCAUGUCGCAUCAGGAGGAGACAACUUCAAAAUUUACACAACUGCUUAUACGAAAAUACAGCUCAUCAUCAACACUGAGUAGAAAAGAGUUUCAACAGCUGUACAAUGAUUUGGUACAGGAUGUUGAUACGGAGGACCAUGAUGGACACGUUCCUAUGGCUGAGCUACCUAUUCCAGAACCGGAGGGCCAUGGUGAUCAUCAUUCUUUGGAAUUAUUUUAUAAUCCUGCCAAUGAUUCCACCAAUUUAACGUGUCUGAAUUCGGGAAGUAUUUUUGAUCACUUCCAAAUCAACUCAACCUUUGAUGCCAUGACUCUUACAGCCGUACUGCCGCUUGUUGUUGUCAAUAUCAGACAUUGCAGACUUUUAGAAUCCCAGUCAGGGGUGGUAACUGUAAAUACGAAAGGUCGACCAUCAACAGGGGAAGUGUGGGGUUAUGGUAUUGGAUUCGCUGUAUUAAUUUCCCUGAUAUCUAAUCUUGGUGCUUUACUGGCACCCAUCAUGGACACCAAGUGUUUUAAACAUUUGUUGAUGUUCCUGGUUUCCAUGGCAGUUGGAACCUUGGUAGCUACAGCCCUGUUGGUUCUUAUUCCCGAGGCACUAAAUCUGAUGGUAUAUGAUGGACUGAGUGAAGAAUAUAUAAGUAAAAUGUCAACUGUCUGUGGAGCUCUUCUAUUUUUCUUUUUAUCUGAGAGAACUAUCAAAAGUUUGGUUGAGAAUAGUAGGAAUAAUAAAAAGACUAGUAAAGAGAUUAUAAUCAAGGCACCAGAUGCAAAUGAUGAUUUACUUAAAGAACUCAAUGAUCUUGAAGUUACUGAUGAUUCAGACAUUGCAGACACUCACCAUGGACAUGCGCAUUACGACAAAACAUCGCUUGUUUCCACGGUAGCGUAUAUAAUCGUAGUGGGAGACGGAUUACAUAAAUUCGUUGAUGGUUUAUCAGUUGGCGCCGCCUUCUCUGAAAAUCUACUAACAGGAAUGACGGUUGCUGUUGCUAUGAUCUGCGAAGAGAUUGCACAUGAAAUCGGUGAUAUCGCCAUUUUACUUCAUUCUGGAAUGAGCAUGAAAAGAGCUCUGUUCUGUAAUUGUAUAGCGGCCGUCUUCUGCUUCUUUGGUGUGGCAGUAGGUAUUGUUCUAGGGGAGACAACUUCAGCCAAUCAUUGGAUAUUUGCUAUUGCUGGUGGUAUCUUUCUCUACGUUUCACUCGUCGACAUGUUACCUGAAAUGGGAACGGCUGCUGAGCUUGCUGUAAAGAACAACUCAUCACCUGUAUUUGUAACUUGUCUUCAGUUAACUGGUUUAGUUGUUGGCUUCUGUGUUAUAUACCUGGUGGCAGCCUACGUAGGACAAAUACAACUUUAAAGGCAGAUGCUUCAAUGCAGCAAAAGGCUCUAUCUGAAACGUGUAUAUCGUUUAAACGUCAGACCUAUUCCUGAAACGUACCUGUAUAAUGUGAAGGAGUCAAGAGACUUUACCUACACACGCCCUACAUACACUUCAAACCUUUUUGUGAGUGCAAGGACAGAAUUAAUACCAUUGGUCGCCAUUUGCAUUUUUCCGACCAUGUCUUAUUUUUCGGACUGUGUCUUAUUUUUCGGAUAAUGUGUUUUUGUUACGACUUAAUCCACACUGACCUAAAUACUAAAAGGAAUUGAGCCAUUUUUGAGUGCAAGGACAGAAUUAAUACCAUUGGUCGCUAUUUGCGUUUUUCCGACUGUGUCUUAUUUUUCGGACUGUGUCUUAUUUUUCGGAUAAUGUGUUAUUUUUCACGACUUAAUUCACGCUGACUUAAAUACUAGAAAGAAUUGAACCAUUUUUUUAGUGAAAAGCCAGAAUUACUACCAUUGGCGGCCAUUUGCAUUUUUCAGACUAUGUCUAAUUUUUCGGACUGUGUCUUAUUUUGUCGGAUAAUGUGUUAUGUUAUUUUUCACGACUUAACCCACGCUGAAUUAAAUACUAAAAGGAAAUGACCAAUGUUUAACUUUCACAUUAUUGUAAGUAGGACCUUUUACAUGUUUAUCAUCGGCUUUAAACCCCAGGGCCCUUAUUCACGAAAACUUCAACUAAGAUACAAUCGAAAUUUUAAGAAAUACUGCAAUUCGA